ACUUUAAUGAUUAUGGUGAUGAACUAAAAAGAAAAUUUGAUACACAAAGUGCAGCAAAGUCUUCUCUGGUGUAGGACAAUUUGGAUUACUGUCUUUCCACUGUGUAUAAUGUUUGAUUGAGUUGACUGGCUUUAUUAGCACCAAAUCGAUGAGGAAGGAAAAUAUUUAACUGACAAGAAAUAGACACAGGCCUUUCAUUUGUGAAACUUGAAAAUAGGAGAAAGUUGUCCUUUUGGCGUGAGUGUGAUGUCAACUCUCGGGCGCGAGAAAGUUUCCAAUGGCGACUGACGCUGAAGUGGCAUCGGUUUCUCUGUGGAAAGCGCGCUACAAAUAACUCCAUCAUCAAUGCUGUGCUUGAAGUUUGGGGUGGCGUCCUGUUAAACUGUUGCACUAUGGGUAGAAAAGUCACGAACGUGAACAUUAAAAAUAAUAAUAACGACAACAAUAUCAAUAACAACAGCGUUCCCGAACCAUCUCCGAGUCCGUCCGCCACAAGGACUCAUCUGCCACACCACCAGCCAUUACCGAAGAGACGCCGCGCGGAAAAUCCUGCGCAGGAGCAGCAGGCUGUGACGAUGACCUCGUCUAAGACGCUGACGAUGCUGACCCCGAUGGAGAACCUGGAGGCGGGCGGCGACAUCCUGGGCCUCUCGUCCGUCGACGUCAAACAGGAGGACGACCACGAACUCCACCUGUUCAUCAACCACACCAUCAGCCCGAACGGCAAGGGCGGCGGCCUCUCCUGUCCCGCCUCCCCUCCGUCGUCGUCCUCCUCCGGGAACUGCUGCCCCUCUUCCAUAGUCCUCCCGGAGUCCUUAGGCUCAUCGCCAACGUACAUCUCGGCCUUCGCGAGUUCCCCGCUAUGCUCCACACCUCCGCCCCCGCCGCCUCCCGCCCCGCCCAUGUCGUCGCAGUCGACUUCCAGUACCUCAGUCUUCAUCACUUCGGCCGCAGCUUCGUCUUCCCCUUCUUCGACGCCGACCUCCUCCUCCUCCUCCUCCUCCGCCUUCUCCAGCAGUGACACCUACACCAUCACGCCCUCUGGCGGCAAGCAGAGAUGUCACGCUAACGCCAGGGAGAGAGACCGAACACACAGACUCCCCAAAUUGAACUUGGCGUCGUCCCCCCUCAGCGUGAACAGCGCCUUCACUACUCUGAGGACCCUCAUCCCCACCGAACCUGCCGAUAGGAAGCUGUCCAAGAUCGAAACGUUGCGCCUCGCGUCGUCGUACAUCAGCCACCUCGGCACCCAACUUCUAGCAGGUCCCGUUGAGCAACCUUGCCUGCGUCACACCCAAUACAGCUACACAGGUACAGGUGAGAGGCGACCAGUGUGUACCUUCUGCCUCUCGUCGUUAAAGAAGCAGAAAUCGGGCAGCAGUGUUGGAGGACCCGGGGGAGGCAGUGACGGAGUGCUUAGCGGUGUGGCUGGAGUUCCGCCUGAUUUGGCUUCUUACAUAAAGUCUUCGCCGCUAGACGACCCUACCAUCCAAGUGUGCUCGUUCCUGUUCUGAGAGACUUUUAAUUCCUAUACUUUAUUUUUUAGCAUUUUACGUCUGUUUGUAACUAUGACUGCUUAAUCUAACUUUUGUUAGCUUGUGGUAGAGUUUUGGUUUUUCUGAUGGAUUUUAUUCUUUCCUCUCCAGUCACACGAGAUUCCAGCGCUUCUCGUUUUUAGAAUGUUGGAUCGGCGCUCUUAGGCUUCAUUCUCUGAAAGUCUCGAUGAAUUUCAAAACACUUCAGGUCGCGGUGUUUGCAGACAUAACCACUUCCUCAAAUGGAAGCGCCUCAUUUCCGUGAAUCAAUACCAGAUCUCAUGCUAAGACUCGGCGAUCAAUACCAGAUCUCAUGCUAAGACUCGGCGAUACAUUCUCCUUUGCGAAAACAGUCAGAGCCUCAAUGAAGAUAUGAUGGUUGCUUGGUUCGUCCCAGAUGUCUGAAGAAGUUAUUGAUAAUAUAAUCCAGGCAGUGCUUGAGAUGCAGAAUAUAAUCCAGGCAGUGCUUGAAAUGCAGUAAAAAUGACAAAAUUUGCUACAGUGAAAUGUUUUUAUAUACAUGAAGACGAAGAACGUAGUAAAUUACGCUCGACCUUUCAGAUCAAUCCUUAGAUGGAGAAGUGCAGAAGUUACAUUUAAAAAAAAAAGUGAGAUGGUUUUAGCACGUUAUAAGGAAAUAAUUUUUUAACGAAAUAACUUAGUAAACGAGAUAAGUGUGUAUCUGGAAUGAAUAAAAUAAUGCUACGGGCUGCCCGAGAACAAGAGCCUAUGUUGGCAUAAGACCAACUGAAUCUAGAGCAAAUAGUGGAAAUGCCAGACAGAUAACGGAACUGAAAAAAACAUUAUAAAAGAAUGAUGAUGAAAUGAUCAUCAUUCUUGUAGAGCAACAGCAGUAAUAAGGGCACCGAUGAUUCAAAAAUUGCAGAGAAGACAGAUACUCAAAAAAUAACAGGUACUGCAGCAGGCACCUGUCACGACAGAAAUCUCUUGAAAGGUUUGCUCUACAAUUUACUAAAGCAGAUUCAGAGUAACUUCAAGUGCAUUCGAGUCUCUUAAGGUUGCACAGCGAGAAUGUAUUAUUGUGGACUAAAAAGUUACAUUAAUUAACAUGACAGGAGUCGUUGCUGCUUAAUUCCACCGGGACAGUCUGCAGCAAUCUACGAUCUAAAUGAAACAGACUAUUUUAUUAAUUAUUAUGACGCACGUCACUGGUUAUAAGCGCCGUAAAUCCCAAACUAGGCCUAUGAUUUCACAUGAUGUAUACUAAUGCACACGUACUUAAGAGAAACUGCUAAUCCCUUUAUUUAUUAUUUAUGUAACCGUUUACCUUGAUGGCUCGCUAUCAAAAAUCGUACCUUUCAAAGUCUCAAUACUCAUUUUAAAGAGAGAGAAGCACUCUCAUAAGUUUAAUGCUUGAACUCAAACGAUAGAUUUUAUGCAUUGCUCGCGUUCGAUGGACAAGGAGCUGAAGAAACUUAGCGCGUCAGUUCACAGGAGUCCUUUUCCUGUAUGGAACUCCUUCACUGAGGGAAUUACAGGAUGCUUUUCUCGAUGGCAGUGAUUCAGACCCAGACGUGGCUCCAGUCCGUAUCUGCAUUUUGGAAACGCGAGUGAUGUUGUAAGCAGUGUCUUUGUGCACUGGUCAGUAGUAGAUAUUCUACGUUAAUGAUUAAGUCUCCCACUUUCUUUGAUGUACACAUACAGUCAUUCAUACGUACAUAAAAAUCCAUACGCAC